AUGCCAUCUUCAAGUGUGAGCGAAGUAUCAAGAAAGGAAGAGACACCUCAGGCUAAGAAAGGAUGCUGCAACUCAAUAAAAAGGUUUCUUAAAAACAUUAGAAAAUUCAUAAGGGAAUCUGAAAAACCAUCGCAUGACCAGUUCAGGCAUAUUCUCAGGGGGCAUUUAGUUGGAGUUAUUGCUCUUGGGCUAUUUGCUUAUUGUAUAAAAGUAAUCCACAUCCCAAUCAACAAUAUGAUUGCUGGAUCUGAAAAGAAGUAA